AUGCUUUCGAUGUUCAAAACGCUUUUAGCUUUGGCGGUACCCUUGGGACUUCUCGUUCUGACUUCUUCCGUAUAUGCCAACCCCACGCCUUCUUAUCAGCCAUCUUACUCGAAUAGGAUAGUGUUUAUCCGACAUGCAGAGAAAGGAUUCGCGCCAGAUCAAAUUAAGAAGAAGGCUAGCGAUGGACAAUCGAGUUUGUUAUCAUUGUUCUGGCCACCUUGGCGUCAUGCUCCCAGACGCGGUGGUCCUGGUAGGAUGCCAAAUGGCUUGAGCGACAAAGGCAGGGAGAGAGCUCAGUAUAUCCGUACAUUAUUUGGCAGAGAAUCUGAAUUCGAAUUUGGUCUAAUCUUCGCCGCACCUAGAACUCCGCAAGAAAAGGAGACUGAGCGAACAUACGCAACUGUGGCUCCAUUGGCGAAUGAUCUAGGAUUGGAGAUUGACAUAGAGUGCGCAAACUCAGAAUACGGUUGUGUAGUUUCGCACGUAAACCGCUUUGUGGAGGAUUCCGACGCGGAUAUUCUUAUUAGCUGGAAACAUCGAGAUCUGAACGGCAUUGCGACAGCACUGGGGGCUUCGAAUGCUAACAAAAUCUAUCCAGACGAACGUAAUGACGUGAUAUGGAUCAUGCAGAACGGUCGAAUAAUUGAAAAGCGAUCGAUGCAUUGUCCCGGACUCGACGAUCACCGUAUCGACCAGAAUGAUCCAGAUCUGGAAGUAGAAAGCGACGAAUCUGCGUACUGGCGCGGCUGGCAUUUGUUUCGAGAUGCCCUGCCGCAUCUCUGGUAA